AUGAAAAAUGCGAAAGAAAUUUAUUUUAAAAAGAUUGAAGAAAACUCCACCGAAUUGAAAUUUAUUCGCCAAGAGGAUGUUAUUGUAGCAACUAAUAACAUCACAACGAAAAUGUUUGAUACAACAAGAGAGAACUUGAGGACUUUAAUAAGGACGUUGUUCCAAGAUGUUAAUCAUAGAAAUAUCAAGGCCAAAACUUUACACAUUUCUGGGUACGAAAUAGUAGAAAACGUCUUUGAUCAUUAUUCAUAUACAGAAAUCACUGAGAGAAUGGAAAACAAUACUAUAGAACAAGUUUUAAGAGACGAGAGAGAAAUACUUUAUAGAAAACAAAUGAACGAAUUGAGUCAACAAGCUACAAAGAAAAUCACAUUAAAAGAGACUUUGAAAAAACAGGAGUCAUUUGAAUAUGAUGAUAGUGAUGACGAUGACGACUUCUCUUUUUCAGAAGAUUAA